AUGUACGACUUGCACAACUCCCCAGGACCUUCUUGGAGUUUUACGCCUAGCCAAUCUUCCGAAGAUGGAGAUUCCUGGCUACCGUCUUCUCCGCCACAAUCCUUGAGAAACGACGCUUCACCAGUCAGCAAGGAGAAUCAUCAGGAUCGAACCCGAAACUAUUCCGACGAGAAGAUUGUUGUGGACCGCAGCAGCAACAAAGAGGCUAUCGACACAGUGCCACGACCCAUUUCUGCCCAAAUCCCAUCACCUCCUCAGGAAUUAGGAAGCUCGCCGACAUCAACCCAGCAUUUUCCAGGCUCGGACGUAUCUAAUGAUAGCACAGACGUGGACAUGUUGAUCCCCGAUGGCUUGCCAAGGGAAGAGACUCCCGAUGAGCCGUUCUUCAGUCCGGCCUUUCAGUCUGCCUUACAUGCUUGCCAGACCAUAGCCAAUGACACUGCCUCUGCCAUCGAGAAGCUUCUGCAAAGCGGCUACAAAAGCGAUGAUCUGGAUAAAUUCAGAGCUGAUGCGGAACGUCUUAGUAUGGAUCAGACGACAGCAUUGAGAACGAUAGCUAUUAUUGGCGAUUCUGGCGAGGGCAAGAGCAGUGUCAUCAACUGUCUCCUCGAUUUUCCCGAGUUGGCCAAGACGGGAGAUAUCGGUGAGGCAUGUACAUCGGUCGUGACAGAAUACCGCCUGAAGACGCAAGAGCAGCAAGCUCCCAUCACCAUUGAAGUCGAGUAUCUUUCAAAGCAGGAGAUUGAACAGCACUUGGAAGAACUUACCUGGAGUUAUCGCAACCUAUUCCUUGUCAAACAGGCUAACGAAGCUGGUUCCUUGAGAGACGAACAGGGCCGACAGACUCUGAGCGACAAGGACUACGAACGUAUCGAGCGAGAAGCGGAGCAUGCCUGGUCAGCACUGGAAGCGGCAUUCGGGCAUCACGCCGGGUUCGGACGAGAGAUGCUGACGGAUCGUUCACAAGAUGUACCCUCGAUUGUUGCAAAGCUGGCUCGAUGGUCUCAAGAGCUUGAAUGGCCGGAAGGAGACCAGGAGGGAUUUUGGACGACAACAGCUACCGAUGCUGACGAAUGCUGUGAGAAGACGAGCAUCUUCAUGAACAACCGGUUCUGGCCAUUCACAAAGAUUAUCAGAGUGUUCGUCGACGCUCCAGUUCUUAGGCAUGGUGUUGUCCUUGCCGAUUUGCCCGGUCUACAAGACACAAAUCUUGCCCGGGUCCGCCUCACCCAGAAUUACCUCCUCAAGAGUGAUCACGUCUUUCUUGUCACCAACAUCAUGCGCGCGAAGACAGAUGCCUCACUGAGGUCCUCGCUUUACCAGGCUCUGGCGCAGCAUAUCCCUUUAGAAUGGGAAAAUUCGGCGGGCCAGAGCCUCAAGAUGGCAAUUGUCUGCACCAAGAUCGAUGGGAUCAACAUGACCACCAAUCGACGAGAAUUCUGCGGUCCAAACAAGCCCAUCUCACCCGCCGAAUGGGCUCGUCUCGACAGAGAGCUGGAGAAGGCCAAGUCUUCGAAGGAUGAAAAGCUGGCCAAAUCAUUCAAGAGAAAGCAGAAAACCCUCCUCAUAGGGGCGCGCAAUCGUCAUGUCACCGCGGGUCUGCAAGCCGCCUAUGCUUCCAGAGUGCCAGGGGGCCAACUGGACGUGUUUUGUGUUUCGAGCAAGCUGUUUGACAAGUACAAGAGCUCCGACGACCUCGACUUACUGCAAAUGAGCGGCAUACCGGAUCUUCGACGGUUCUGCCAUUCUAUCACGGCUUCCGCGAGGCUUUUACAGGCUCAGAACUUCCUUCGUUCCAAAUUGCCUAGCUUGCUGACUUCGAUUGAAUUGUGGGUUACCACCCAGGCCGCGUCGACUCCUCCCCGGGGGCUAGAUGCUGCCCGCGCCCAAGAGGAAUGGAGAGGCCUAAGAAAACAGACCGUCAAUGAGGUCGGAAAAGCCGCAGAUGAUCUUCAUGACGAGGUUACCGAAAAUCUCUUCCAGCAUUUCGGUCAGUCUGACCAUCGCCUUGAAGUUCCUGACAAGAAGCUGAAUAUGGCGGUAGAGCAGAGGAAUGACGCGUGGGAAAAGGAAGCAGAGAAGAAAGGUCGAGAGUGGUUAAGCUGGCAUUGGACCCAAUACAAUGCCUGGAUCCUAAGAUAUGGUGACCACUAUACCGCCAAGAGAGGCAAGGUGAACUGGAACGCAGAGCUGAUCUGGAAGACCAGGAUGGAGCUGGAAAUCCCGUGGAACUCGUUGAUGGAAGAGCGCAUACCUGAGACCUUUGAGAAACUGUUCAAGGGAGUCAAGAGCCACCUGAUGGAGCUCAAAGAGUCGGCUCAAGGUGAGUACUCGGAACUCGACACCUUUGCGCAGAGUCUCGACCUCAGACUUCAUGAAGUUCAGUUUGAAUUGGUCAAUGCUCAGCGGCUCCUCCUUCGAGAUCUAAGAUUGAUCCGUCGGAACGCGUCUGAACCGAACGGUGCUGCAUACAUUCUCGCCGAGAUGAUUCCCGCCUACCGGUCCGCAGCAGCAAUAUAUGGAACGGGAAAGAUGGCCAAACAGCAUGCAAUCGUCCAAGGCCGAAUCAGUGAUGGAACUCUGUUCCCGAACAUUUCCGACAGAAUGUUGAACGACAUCAGUUCAGUCCUGGAUGAAGCGUUCCAUGGGCUGAGACAGAAGAUGAAUGAUAUUCUCCGCCUCAUUCGCGCCGACCUCAACCUCGCCGUGCCUUCUCAUACAUCACACGUUCGAUUUACCGAUAAAGAGAGACAUGCACGGGAGCAGCUCGCACAGGAGAUCAAGAGAUUGCAGCGAGAGCACCAACAGCUGCUCGAGGGUAUUGCGGAUCUUGCAUAG